AUGCUGCUGCUGCCGCUACCGCUGCUGCUGCUGCUGCCGCUGGCGGUUACUUGUGCCAGCAGCUUGCCUUAUGAGAAGGAGGAUGUCACCCGAGAACUUAUCAACGAGGCACCAGAGCUUUAUCGGUCAGACAGUUUACGUCCUCUCCGGCGCACAAAGAGGGCAUGGGUUAUCACCACUAUGGAGCUUCAGGAGGAGGACGAAGGGCCAUUUCCCAAACUUGCUGGAGAGCUGUUCAAUAAUAAUUCAAUUCACCAUUUCGCAACAUAUCUAAUCAGUGGACCUGGAGUAGAUAUGUACCCAGACAUUGGGUUGUUCAGUAUAAAAAAUGAUGCCUAUGGGCACGUAUAUGUACAUCGCAGCAUUGAUAGAGAGAGAAACUCCUCUUUUUUGAUACGUUUUGAUGUUAUAAACAAAAAGACUGGUGAAAAAAUAGACACAUCUUUAUUCUUCAAAAUUAAGAUUAAAGACAUUAAUGAUAAUGCACCUGAGUUUCCUAUGGCAGAAUAUAACGUUAUGAUAAAAGAAAAUCACAGUGCAGACAAGCCAGUACUCCAAAUGACAGCCUUUGACAAAGAUGAAGAACGCACUGAUAACUCUAGAGUGGCCUAUUACCUCACUAAGCAAAUGCCGCUCUCAGAUGAGCCCAGAUUUACUAUUGAUUCUACCAGCGGGCUGAUACAUAUUUCAGGAUGCCUAGAUUAUGCGGCUGCCAGCUCUUUCCAGCUCCUGAUUGAAGCCAGAGACCAUGGAAGCCCACGGAUGUCGUCCACAGCAAUAGUUAACGUUGCUGUUGAAGAUUCAGAAAACAACUACCUGCCUGUGUUUCUUAAGGAAAAAUAUGAGCUACAAAUUCCUGAAGGCAAAGAACAGCCAGGUGUGCUGAGGCUCCAGGUGAAAGAUCCAGAUUCUCCCAAUACACCUGCAUGGAGAGCAAAGUACAACAUAGUACAAGGCAAUGAAAAGGAAGAGUUCAUGAUUGAGACUGAUCCUGAAACAAAUGAGGGGAUUUUAAGCGUUAUUAAGCCUUUGGACUAUGAAGGUGCCAUACAAAGGAGACUUGUCAUUUCUGUUGUAAACGAGCAGCCUUUUUUUACAUGCAACGCAAGCAAGAAGUGGAGCCAUCCUGUCACACCCACCACUGCAUCUGUGAGUGUCAGCAUUGUAGAUAGAAAUGAUGCUCCUCGAUUUGACCCUCCCAAACUUAUUCUUCAGAAAGACGAAGGUGUGAAGCCCGGGACGAAGCUUGGAACAUACACCGCGGUGGAUUCAGACAUGGUGCCAAAUAAGAUAAAAUACAGACUAGUCCAUGACCCAGCCGGGUGGGUGAAUGUCGAUGAGAACACUGGACUUGUUACUGCUGUAAAAGAGCUUGAUCGGGAAUCCCCGUAUGUGAACAAUAGUCUGUACUCCAUUAUUGUUCAUGCUGUUGAUGAUGGUAUUCCACCUCAAACUGGCACCGGCACCAUUCUGCUUUACCUGUCUGAUAUUAAUGAUAACAUGCCAAAAUUAGUUGCCCCAUUCUUGGAAGUUUGUGACCGAGAAGGAAUUAUAACCCUCGUCAUAAAAGCUGAGGAUAAUGACUUGGAUCCAUAUUCUGGUCCUUUCAUAUUUGAGCUGGCAGAUAACUCUGACACUGUUAAGCAUAACUGGAAAUUAGGAAGGCAGUUCGGUGACUCAGCUGAACUUUUAAUGUUGCGAAGCCUCUCACCUGGUGAUUAUUUAGUGCCUCUCAAGAUUCUGGACAGACAAGGAUUUUCUGAGACAGAGAUCCUGAAUAUAAGACUCUGCCUUUGCCUAGAUGGGCAUACGUGUCCAGAGCAGAUUGCUGAACCCAUGAAAGUGAGGUUUGGAAGUGGUGCCAUUGCUGCAGUUUUGGCAACUCUCCUGUUGUUACUGCUGGUUACCUGUGUUCUACUUUGGUGUGCUUGUGCAUCAAGAAGCAAGGAAAGAAAGGUCUACCCACCAUUUGUAGAAGGUGUUCAGACUUUGAUGAACUACAAUGCAGAAGGUGGAAGCUCUUGGUCUCAGGCUAAUCCAGAUGCUGUAGAUCAUGCUAUGGAACCCAUGCUGCAUACAGAAAUUAGAGGAGGAAAACAAAUUGUUCAGGUCGGAAACACAGUGUCAUUAUCACCCCCCGCUACACUGAUUGAAAGACAUUAUGACCUGGGUUCAUCUGGUAUCCCUUAUUCCAGAUCGGAUGCCAGUUUUGGGAGGCGCCUCAACAGGAUUACAGAGACAGUGGGUGAAAUGCUGAAUGAGAAGCUCUUUUGCAUCAGUGACCUGGAGGACAAUGUAAUCAUGUACCAACCUCAUGUAUAUGUCGAAGAGGGAGAGCUAGACAGAUAUAGUUCCUGCAUGUCUAUCCCCAUGACUGAUGAUGAGCUGCCAGUGGAUUUCUUGAAUACUCUGGGACCCAAGUUUACAGCUCUGGAAGAAAUCUGCCAGAAGGGAUUUCAAUUGUAGCAGUGAUGGAGCUGCAGGGCCUAUACCAGACUAGCUUGGAUCUGAAGAGACUCAUGCUGAGCACAAACAUCUGCUGAACCUGGCAGGCUCUCUGCUUCAGGGAAAGUCCUGGCACAAAGCUCUGUGCAUGGCUGAGCAAUAUCCCACAAAUGCAGCCAGACAGUGGUUUGGGUUUUAUUGUUUUGUUUUCAUUUUGUUUAAACCUUUGCUAGGUUUGUACCUUGAAGAGCUGACAGGCAGAUGGUGGAGACUUCACAGAGUAGCUUUUCAUCUCCCUUCCCUUCUCUGCCAGGUGUGCUGGGCCCUUUGGUACCAGCGGAAGGCUUUUUUAGUUUAACUAGAGUUAAUCCAGUUGUUUUAGCUGAAGAGACUGAAGUGCAACGUCUUUGACAUCACGUAGCACAUUCCUGGCCUCCUUUGGUAACCGAUCAAGGACUCAGCACUUUCUGCUGAUGUUUUCCAGUGGCUGAGUUUCUUUUUGAAUCCUCUUAAACUAAUCUGACAAAGGCUGUGUAUGCAUGCAGCUAUCUCUGGGCAGACCUGGUGACUAACCUCAGCUGCCACCACUGAGCCACAAGCAGCUUCUCACAGUGCUCUUACAGCCGCUGUGCCACCAAAGUGCCAAGUACUCCCUGGGAGAGCACCAGGUGCUGAAUGGACUGAGCUGACAACAUAGAGGUGCCUAUGUACACCUUCAUCUGGGCAUCAGCCUUGCUCCAGGUGGCCAAGAUGGGGUGACUUCAUGCUCGUAGUAGAUGUGCUGGGGAUUUAGGGCAGUCAGCAAGCCCCAAAUUCUAGUAAAGGCAAAGUUUGAUGUUGGGAGGCAGUGAAGGCUGAGUUCUUGGUCAUGCCCAAGUGCAUCCACCGUUCUUUCUGCAGCUGACUGAACUUCUCCCUCCCGUGGUGGUGGCUUACAUUUUGUUUGUGUGGGUCAGAGCUCACUUCUGUCUAAUUGAAUGUGCAAAUGUGAGCUUUGGCCUGGCAGUCUGGUCUGUUUGGCUGCAGGGAAUGAAAGGACCAGCCACCACUUAGAUACUACAUAGUGGGAGUCUGCUUUGGUAGAGCAAAGGAAACAGAUGGAAGUGCCCAUAGAGCUGCAUAUCAGGGAAUGCUAAUCAUUCUUCAACGGUUGCUGCAGGGGAGUGCUGGGCAGCCUGGCGGGGAGGACACAGGCUUCCUCCUGGCAAAAUGAACAUCGUGAUCGAUGCAGCAGCUGGUACAGGACUGGGGGUGGGGGGAAAGAGGGAAAGCUUCUCUCUUAAAGAUUAUGGCACAGAACUCGCCUGUCUUAUUCCAUUCACUAAAAGCUGCAUCGUCAGUCUGUAAUAUACUGGCCAGCCUGCAGGAGACUUUUGCAAGUCCAUAUUAAUGUGCUUUCUUUUUGGGAGGUCACAGAGGAGGCACCAACAGUCAGUGCAGGCAGCAAGA